UUUUAAUGUGAUAUUCAAUUAGGCAAACUUUGUCUGUGGUUAGACAAACAACUAGAUCCCAGACUGACGGCAUUCCCACGGGCGCCCGCCUGAGCAGGAAGUGAGGAAAACAUGGCCAGCUCUUCAGACCAGGGCGCCGCCUUGGCACGCAUCCGAGGCUCGGCCACCGACGGCCGCGCCCACAACCCCAUCUUCCGCCGCGCCCAGCUCAAGAGGCUCCACGACGCCGUCGCCGCCCACGCCGACGAGCUCGAGCGCGCCGCCGUCGCGGCGGUCAAAGAUUCCGCCGUGACGCCGCACGACGCCCGCCUCGAGCUCUGCUUCGCCGUCCGCGCCGUCCGCGAGCUCUCGGCCUCGCCGCGACUCGACGUCGCCGCCGCCCACGAGCUCGAGUACGCCGUCUCCAGGGGGCGGGAUGCCAGGGGGGCGAGGAGGCCCGUCGGCAUCGUCGUGGUUUCGUUGCCCCCUGCGGCCCACACGCCCGUCUACUCGGUCGUCUCUGCCGUGGCCGCCGCCGUGGCUGGAGGUAACUGCGUGGUGUUGCAGAUCGAACAGACGAUCCGGGAGCUUCCGGCAAUUCUCGGCCGCAUGCUGACCGAGGCUCUGGAUCGCAACACAUUCGCAACCGCGGCAGCAGCCGAGAUCGACGCUGCCAUUAAGGGUAGGGAUGAUGUCACCCACUUUAUCAUGGGCAGUGACGCAGAGGCAACACCCACCCCGUCCCCCCGUUUGUUAGUCUCCGCAUCCCACCGCCGCGUCGUCGCCGUCGUGGAGCGUGACGCGGACCUAGACAAAGCCGCCAGCGCGCUGGUGACGGCCCGCUUCGGGUUUGGGGGGGCCUCACCAUAUGCGCCGGACCUGGUUCUCGUGAACGAGUGGGUCCAGCAGGGUUUUCUGGAGGCCGUCCUGAGGCGCACCUCGAGCCUCAUCGCUGCACACGCGGCGAGCGCGGCCGGUAACUCUCGGCUCGGGUCUGGCGGCGAGCUCCUGAGAAGGAUCAAGGCCGAGGGCAAGGCAAAGGUUGUCACCGAGGGAGACUUUUGCUCCGUCGUCGUCGUGGAGCAACGAGACUCCUUUUUGCUCAAGGGAAAGAUAAACCAGUCAUGUCUGAAUGUCCAUACAGUGACGAGCAUGGACGACGCCAUAGAUUUGAUCAAUGUACACGGAAAGAGCCUGGCUGCAUUUGUCUUCACCCAAAGCCUGGCCAACGGAAAAUACUUGACCCAGUUUCUCGAUGCGGACGUCAUGUUUGUCAACCAAAUCCCCACGAGGAUUCUUGUCGGACCAGCACAUCCUCAGGGGUAUCCCCUCGAUCCAGCCAUGACCACCAUGUCACCGGACCUGUUCACGGUCCCGACGCCCGUGUACGUGGAGCCCGUCAGCAGCGCCCAGGAUUCCCUGGAGAAGGCCGUCAGAGACGCAACACCGGCAUCCAUGGCGACGCUCGCGAGGGAGCUGGCGAAGCCCCUGAAAGCGUUGAAGAGGCCGUUGAAGCAGGUCCACGUUGGCUUCUUUGAGCAGGGCAUCAUGACCGGCGCGCUUCUCGUCCUCGGCACGUUUUGCACGGCUGCUGGUCUUCUGGGACUACACGGGUACCGCUUCGUUGCCGCGAGGUCAAGAAUGGGUUGAUGUGGGUUUGAACCUUGCAAGACCGACUAGCAGCACGCGGUAGAACAAAAUCGGGUGCGCCUUCAAGCCAGGUUUGCGGCCUUCUACCCCCACACGUGCACCUUUUACCAGAAUAAAUGCAGGCGCCUGUCUGGACUAGACGGAUAGUGGGAGCCUAGGAAGUCAGUCAUAUCAUUAUUUAGUACUCAUAGUUGACGCUGGUCGCGCUGGAAACAGGCAAAGCACCA